AAAAAAAAACGACUGCACUUUUCAAAUCCGUGAGCAGGAAGGGAGCUCGUAAUAAUAUCAGAGAAUAUUUACAGGGCAAAAAAAAAAAUCUUUAAACGGAUCACAUGAGUUACAAAGUGGAAAAGUGCACCCGAGGAGCUCUGUGAGUGUAAAGGACAGAUGCGUGUUAGAACACGGAGAGGUGGAGGAGCGACGGAACAGGGACUGAGUGUCAGCGAGCAGAGACAGGGCUGGAGUUGUGUUCAGGUUCGGUGUGUGGAAAGGAAGCUGGGUAUUUUGUGGAUAUGUACAAUGUUGUGGAUACGCGCUUGAACGGCGAAGAGCUCCUGUUUACACUGCACCUGAGGAUAUAGUGCACAUUUACUUUCUGUUAGCAUUCUCUCUCGUCAUUUCUGCUUCAACAAGCUGACUCAGACUCCGAGAUCUCUCAAAUCUGCCGGGUUUUGAGGACUUUUCUCUCCUCUUCCCCCCGUGCUGUGCAGGCUGAUGGCCCGGAGGCGGUGGGAGGCUCGCGGCGGGUUGCUGGCGGACAUCCAGACUGCGAUCCUGAGCGAGCCGCUGGACUCACUUUUCCACAUCACCGGCGAACUUGGCAGGGGGAAGUUUGCAGUGGUGAAGAAAUGCAUGGAGAAGGCGACGGGUAAAGAGUUUGCGGCGAAGUUUGUCCGGAAGCGGCGGCGAGGUCGUGACUGUCGAGCCGAGGUGAUCCAUGAGCUGGCAGUGCUGGAGGUGGCCAAGUGUAACCCCCGCAUCAUCAACCUGCAUGCAGCCUACGAGAACGAGCAUGACAUCAUCCUGCUGCUCGAAUAUGCAGCAGGUGGUGAGAUAUUUGACCACUGCGUGUCUGACGAGCUGCUGUCUGAAGGCCAGAUCAUUCGUUUAAUCCGACAGAUUCUUGAAGGCAUCAGUCUGCUACACCAGAGCAACAUCGUCCACCUCGACCUGAAGCCUCAGAACAUUCUACUGACCGGGCUGAGUCCUCUGGGGGACAUUAAGAUCGUGGACUUUGGGCUGGCACGUCGGCUCGGUUCCAUGGGAGAACUGCGGGAGAUCGUGGGUACACCUGAGUACGUGGCUCCAGAAAUCCUGAACUAUGAGCCCAUCACGACAGCCACUGAUCUCUGGAGUGUUGGCGUGAUCACGUACAUGCUGAUCACAGGAGAGUCUCCGUUCGCUGGCGAGGACAAGCAGCAGACCUUCCUGAACGUCUCACAGAUCAAUGUGGACUACAGCAAGGAAGCGUUCUCCCGCGUGUCUGAGCUCGCCGUCCACUUCAUCCGAAAACUGCUGGUCAAAGUGCCAGAAGACCGGCCGAGCGCCGCUGAGUGUCUGAGUCACCCGUGGCUGUGUCAGCAGUACCUGUGGGCUGAACCCUCUCCUGCUCCAGUAACCCCACGUGUCCCCCGAGAGCGCAGCAGUGGUGCCAAGUGGGCCUCUCCGCCCAAGGACCCCGAAGACAAAGAGAACAUUCUGCAGUCUAAAAGAUCCCGCUUCGAAGAUGGCUUGUAGAUCAGCAUCCGAAACACGUUCUGUAAUCACAUUCUUUAUUUGAUCAGGGCAAGAUUUUCCAUCCUAAUCCUCUGAAUUCCUUUUGGGGCCACACCAAAGAUGAUCUGCUAACGCUAGAGUGACUUCCUGCUGCACAAUAACAUGAGGUUCCUAGAGCUCGAUUGCUGUCGUCUUCUUUCAUCUCAGAUAUUCGAGCAGCUCUUUUUCUCUUGUAUGUGCUUUUAUUGUAUUUGUGUUUUUUUUUAUUUGCUUUAUUAUCUAUGUUUUGUUGUUGUUAUUGUUAUUUUUUAAAUUAUUUAUUUGACAGAGUUCCAGUAAGGUGUGUUAUUUUAAAGUAGGAAGAUAAGGCCAGUGGUUCCUCUAAACCAGCAAUGUUUUAAUUGUAGGGACGUUGGGUUUCAUUUUUCUGAUUAAUUGCUGUUGAUCACUUUUUGGUGCUCCAAAUCACGAUAUGCUGGACUUCAGGGGAAACUAGAAUGAGCUUCUUCUCAAUAAACAGGGCAUUGGAGUGUGGGGCUCGUUGGGUUUAGUCUGAGGGAGGUCAGAGAUUAAUGAUUGUCAUGUUAAUGUUAAUAUUCCUGCCAACAAUGCUGUGUGUGCGGUUUGCCCUGUGAUUUGGGGCAUAUUGCUCAACAUAACUCGCACACCGCACCCUGAAUUAUUCAGAGCCGGGCUUUUUUGCAGUGUGCACUUCCUGUUAGUCACAGAUUUGGAGGGCUGCCAUAAAGCACUUAAUCCCUUGCCGUCUAUGUGCUUCGGUGAGAUAUGAAGGGAAAGGAAGAGAGGAAAAUCUUUUUAUUAAAAAAUAUUUUAAUCUGAGCUGUUUUUAAACAGAAAUAUUUUUGUAGAUCUUAUUUAAAAAAAAAAAAGUAGUCUUUUUUUUAACUCCCAAGCAAAUGAAGGCAGGAAAAUGCACAGCUGUAUUUAUGGACAGCUUGUUUCUAGCAGGUUUUGUAAUCUCUGCACUAAUCUGGAUUAGAUCAGGCGUUGUCACAACUUGUUACAUCAGAUUAUCUAAUAUUUUCUGCAGAAAAAAAAAAACCCUGAUUAUAUAGUGUACCCAUUCUGUGCCUUUUUUUUCUCAGGGUCAGCUUCACAGUUUGCCAGUACAAGACUUUCAUGCCUCUAUAUCGCAGUAGAUUAAAUACUUUGUCAGAUUAUUUUGCCACAUAAUCUUGACAUGACAUGAAAUGAAACGUGCAUGAAUAUAUGCAUUUGUCUCUGUUCACCAGACACGAUGAUCCUGUGCUCAAAACUUGAUCAAGUAUAACUUUUUUAAACUUUUAUUUUUCUUAAAUAGUUUACUUUCAUAUUAAGCGCAUCAGUGAAGAGUGUAAAUUUGGGAUGUCACUGGAUAUUUGUGAUGUGGUGGUAGUUGGAGAUGAAGUGAUUGUUAUAAGUGAGAGCGAGAGAAUUGUUGGGAAGGAAAGAGUUAAGAGAUGUCGGUAUAAAGAAUUGUUAAAACUCAGCCUGAGGUUAAGUGGAACUGGUGUUUGGUUGAUGCAGUAUUAACAUACAGUAUUGGCUGUAAGGAAUUUUAUACGUAGCGAGAAUAUACUGCAGUAUCUCCUCUCAUCUUGAUGUGAGAGAUUUGAACUGGAAAUGUUGCUAUUUUUGGGCUUCGAAUGUUCUAGAUGUUAUGUUGGUUUAAGAAGGUUUAAGGAAUGUGUUUUCGUGUUUGUCUUGGCGGCGAGAUCACCAACUCGCCCUCAAAAACGAAAGACUCAUCGUCUUGUCUUUAAACUGGGUGUCCUGUGUUUUAGCACACUGUACGCUGGGAAACUGUAAGUUAGGAAAGUGCUCAAAACUGGACUAGACCUUGUCCAUGAUCAUAUUGAUUUUGAGAGCUGAAAGGAUUCCACCUGCCCGCACUAAUCACCCAACCUGAACCCAGUGUAGUUUCUCAUCUCCAACCAGGUCUACGCAUCUCAGGGACGUCCUCGGACAAGCUGUUCUUUAUUUUUUAAAGAAACGUAUAGCUCUUAUUACCUUUUAUAUGUCGUGAUGUAAGUAAUACUAAGGAGAAUUUUGUUCUUGCUAACCGAGAGAGAUUUAUUAAGUGUUGGACAGGCAGUGUGUGGAAUCAGGAUGAAGAGCAGGAGUUUUUAACGCAGUUACACACACGUCAGCCCUGAGAACGGACCUGUACAAGUGACAUACGGGUUUGUGACGUGAAAGUGACUGAAUGAAAUUCUAUGGGUUUCAAAUAAACAUAAUCAAAUUCC